AUGAUCAUAAGAAGGACAGUGAACUCUCUUGAACAGUGAAGCAAAAAUGAAACUUUUUAUCCAAUACCUAUUUUAUUUUAUUUACUGCUUUAACAGUCAAUCUUUUGCAACAACUAUACCAAAUGCAGCUGAAAUGGCGGAAAUCAAGAAAGUCAUAUUUCAAAAUUAUGAUAAAGCUGUGAUACCUACUAAACACAUUGCAGUUAUUAAUGUUACGUUCUCCGUCAAUAUCAACGAUAUGAUCCCUUUAGAGAAAGCUGAAAUGAAUUUCGGUAUUGAUGGUCAUUUUGCGUUGUCUUGGAAAGAUUACCGAUUAAAAUUCCGUCAUCUUUCCAACAUCACUAAAAUUCCAUUCGACUACAAGGUCUACAAUAAAUUAUGGGUGCCAAAUAUAUAUUUCGUCCAAGAAAAGUAUGGUGUUAGCCAUUCGUUGCUGCAACCCAAUAUUUUGGUUUUGUUGUAUGCUGAUGGUACUGUGCAUACCAGCAGAAGAUUGUCGUUCAAUUCGUUCUGUCCAAUGAAAAUGCGAUUUUAUCCAUUUGAUAUUCAAGAAUGCAAUUUAUCUAUUGAAACGUAUUCAUAUAAUAAAGAUUACGUAAAUUUACAUUGGGAUGGAGUGAAAGGAGAUGACAAAGAUCUUCACAUACAAGAUUUCUCAGGAGUAAAAAUACUCCUAUAUGCAGAAAGAGAAGCAAGUUCGCUUUAUGGAAAAUUCAACCGUCUGACCAUGUCCCUGAAGUUAUAUCGAAACUUAGCACUACAUGUCUUGCGAGACUUUUUUCCAUGCAUUCUGAUUGUGAUGUUAUCCUGGGUUGGAUUCUGGAUUGAUGAUAAUUCCAUUCCAGCACGAGUGUCUUUGGGCAUAACUACUGUGUUAACCAUAGUAACAUUUACAAACAAUGUAAAAAAGAACUCUCCCAGUGCUGGUUUGUUCAGAAGUCUUGAUUGUUAUAUGUUGGUGUGUAAUUUAUUUGUGUUUGCAUCUGUGGUGGAGUACGCCUUCAUUGAAUUGAAUCACAAGCCCGACAGAAAUAGUAUUAUCAAGAAGGCAACUAAGGCUGGUACUGAAAAUGAAACUACAUCAAAGGAAACCAAUGAGGCAGGAAGAGUUCUAAAGCCGUUUGGUCCAUUACAGUUUUACUCUGGAGAGGCACACCGAAUUGACCGUAUUUCACGUAUAGUGUUUCCUGUUUUUUUCACGAUAUUCAACGUCGUUUUUUUCCUGUUUCACAGGUUACAUCCAGACACAGUUGACUAAACAGAUGACCGUUUCAUGAAGGAAGGGCACUACAUCAUAAAUUUUUAAAAAAUGUUGUUUUUGCGUAGAUUAUGUGCAAUCGAUUCCAAUAUGACUUUAGCAAAAUAUAAUUAAACUUGAUUUUGGAAUAUUUAAAGAUUAUUGUCUUAUAAAACAUGAAAUAUUUAAUAGGGAAUAUGGUAAAAAGAGUAUAAUAAUAGCAAUCAUGAUGCUUUACUAUUUAUUUGUUUUUAA